AAGCAUCGCCCACCCUCGAAGCUAGACUCUGUCAAAGCACAUUUGAGUCUGGUGCCUGCUGGAGCGACGUCGCGAUCUCAACAGCACAACGACGACCGCAACAGGCACGCACACCCAACAAAAAGGCCGGCAUCGAGGCCGCGCAAGGGACGCUGCCUGUCGCUAGAUGGAGACGCGAGGGGUGACAGCGGCGACAAAGGUCCCAGAGCCCAAACCGGCAGCUGCAAACAACGCUUCGGGAACGACGCCGCGCAUCAAGAUCAAGCAGCCAUCGUAUCGCGCGACUUUACUGCGGUUGAGCAACUCUAUCUCGCAUUCAAGUGCAGAGAUCUUGCAGCGCUAUAGCAAGAAUGAGCCAUCUCUCAUCCUGCACUUUCAUCAGCAACAUUGGCGGUUCGAGCAGCAAGACGGCAUCUUCCUUUACAACAGCCAGGGCCGCCAAAUACUGGAGUGCAUCCGCAAUGAACAGAUUCCAGUUGACUGUUUAGAGGUGUUUCGGGAUGUCAAAAUCAAGUACUACGAAGGCUGUCUCAUCUUGAGACUGGUUGACCACCGGUCAACGCCGCCGACCAUCCUGCAUACCGCGUUGCGUCCUUCGCCAGAGUCAAUAUGGACAGAGAUGCUGCUCUAUAGUGAACAGACGCAGGGCAACUUUACAGAUGCAAAAGCACUGCUGGUUGAGAGUGAUAUUCUCGUGGCCACGAAUCCACCACUCAACCUUAAACCUGCCGUUCAUCCAGCUCAAGUCGCGCAGUACCUCACCGACCUGCGGGAUCCACCCUUGCCGCGAAGCAAGCGUCGCAGAGGCGUCACGCACGAUAGUGAGCGCGAUAAGCUCAUGUUCCUGUAUGAUGAAGGGCACGGCAAGGACUUUGCGCCUGACUUCAAGCGACUCGCCUUUGUUGAAGCGCAUCGUCGCAAACGAGCUCUUGCAGCACAACGUACAGGUGCCACUGCUGCUACUGGUGCCGCUGGAGGACCUGCAGGAAAUGUACUGACGCCUGGUCAUGCGCCAAUCCGCAGCGGGACCACUACUGUGCCUGCCAUCCCGGCCAAUGCGACGCCAGAAGAAGCACUCGCUGCACAACAGCAACAAGUCCAACAGGCUCUUGCGGCGAACAGAUCAUCUGCAUCGCCAGCCAUCAAAGCUUCGCAGCAGACGCCCAUGUCGUUGCAGCAACAACAGCAAAUGGCACAACUCUCUCAACAGCAGCAACAAGCUGCAAUGGCCGCUGCAACGGCCAUGUCGAAUGGCAAUGCCUCACAACAACAACAGCAACAACAACAACAGCAAGGAUUGAUGUCCCAACAGCAGCAAUUACAGCAACAGCAAAUAUCAAUGCAAGGUAUGUCUGCUAACGGGGCUUUUGCAGCACGUCAAGCGCAAGUCCAAGCAGCUGCGAAACGUACAGGCCAGUCGCCGCAGAUGCCAAGACAAGGCAUGACACCUCAACAAAUGGCACAACAACUCGCCAUGCACCAAGCUCAACUACAACAACAGCAACAGCAACAUCAAAAUGGCAAGCUACAGCAAGCUGGGCAAGGAAAUAAUCAAAUGUUUGAUGAUCUUGCUCGACAGCAACAAAUCAUGCUCCAGCAACGCGCCAUGGCUAUUCGCAAUAUGCAAGCACAGAAUGCUGCUCGUCAACAUGCAGUGGCUGCGGCCGCGGCGGCUGCUCAAACAGGACAAUCACCAUCUCCUGGUUCGAUGCAUGCAAGGCUGCCACAAGGUGGCAAUUCAGGUGGACGAUCACAGACUUCAUCACCAGCCAUGCAUGCUGCCAAUUUACAAAAUGGUGGGCAUGUCGGUGGUUCACCAGCAUUGCAACAACAGAUGUUACAGCAGCAAAUGCAGAUGCAAGCGAUGCAAGCUGCAGCAGCGGCGAAUGGUGGUGGAGGCGGUGGUCGUGGUGCACCAACGCAAUUACAGUUGCAGCAGAUGAGACAAGCGCAUUUGGUGCAGCAGCAACAGAUGGCGUUCAAUAAUGCGAAUGCGCAAGCACAGCAGCAAGCGCAUUUGCAGGCGAAAGCACAGGCUGCUGCCGCUGCCUUGGCUCAACAGCAUGGAGGCAAGUAAUCAAGUUUUUUUGGACGAUGAGAAUAAGCAACGAGAUACAAAUGAAAGCAAUAAAGUUGAGACAAAUUAGUUCUUGUUGGGGAGAGAGAGACCUAAGGGUCAUAAAAGUAGUGCAAUAAACCGACUUCUUGACCCAAAGAUUACACCAUCCCAAUUGUUGUAUUGCUUUAGAAAGCCACCCACCAAGCAAAGACAAACACCAAUGCAGUAAACACCGUCGUCAAGAUCCAUGCACCUGCACGAUCCGCGUUUGUGGCUGGUGUGAUCACCUUGAUACCAGCAGCUGUGCGUGAAUCACCCGAUGUUCCAGCGGCGGCAUCUCCACGAGACGAACCACCUGUUGCGUUUGUGAAUGGAGCUUGCGCGUAGAUGGCGAGAUUGGCUUGAAUUGUU